CGCCCUCUGCGGUGCUGGACAGACCACGCCGCCAUGCCUCCCGCUGGGCCCCGCGCUGCCAUCCUGCUGACGCCACUGCUACUGCUGCUACGCACUAUUGUAGCCGUGCCCCUGGAGCGGGGGACGCCCAAGAAGGAGGAGAACCCCGCGACUGAGAGCCCCGACACAGGCCUGUACUACCACCGGUAUCUCCAGGAGGUCAUCAACGUGCUGGAAACAGACGGGCAUUUCCGGGAGAAGCUGCAGGCCGCCAACGCUGAGGACAUCAAGAGCGGGAAGUUGAGCCGGGAGCUGGACUUUGUCAGCCACCACGUGCGCACCAAGCUGGACGAACUCAAGCGGCAGGAGGUGUCACGGCUGCGGAUGCUUCUCAAGGCCAAGUUGGACGCUGAACAGGAGCCCAAUGUGCAGGUGGACCACCUGAGCCUCCUGAAGCAGUUUGAACACCUGGACCCUCAGAAUCAGCACACGUUCGAGGCCCGGGACCUGGAGUUGCUGAUCCAGACGGCCACCCGGGACCUUGCCCAGUACGACGCGGCUCAUCACGAAGAGUUCAAACGCUACGAGAUGCUCAAGGAACAUGAAAGACGACGCUAUCUGGAGUCACUGGGAGAGGAGCAAAGAAAGGAGGCAGAGAGGAAGCUGGAAGAACAACAGCGCCGGCACCGAGAGCACCCCAAAGUCAACGUGCCCGGCAGCCAAGCCCAGUUGAAGGAGGUGUGGGAGGAGCUGGAUGGACUGGACCCCAACAGAUUUAACCCCAAGACGUUCUUCAUACUGCACGAUAUCAACAGUGAUGGUGUGCUGGAUGAGCAGGAGCUGGAGGCUCUCUUCACCAAGGAGCUGGAGAAGGUGUAUGACCCAAAGAAUGAGGAGGAUGACAUGCGGGAGAUGGAAGAAGAGCGGCUGCGCAUGCGCGAGCACGUGAUGAAGAACGUGGACACCAACCAGGACCGGCUUGUGACCCUGGAGGAGUUCCUCGCAUCCACGCAGAGGAAGGAGUUUGGAGACACCGGGGAGGGCUGGGAGGCCGUUCUGCAGAUGGAGCAGAGGAAGCAGCAGCAGCAGGCCCUCAACGCCCCCGCCCCGGGCCCCCAGGGGCAGCUCGGUUUCCAUCCUGACAGAGAUGACGCGCCCGUCCCAGCUCCAGCCGAUGACCAGAAAGACGUGGACACUUCAGAAAAGAAAUUUCCAGAACAGCCCCAGCUGGACUCUCAGAGCCUGUGA